AUCUAUCUAUCUAUCCAUCUAUCCAUCCAUCUAUCUACCUAUCUAUCUUUCUCGCCAUCUAUCUAGCUACCUUUUUACCGAUCUUUCUUGAUGGAUAAGGCCAUAGCUAAGCUAAACCCGACGCUAUCAGGAUUUCAGGAUGGCGACUUGACCGAUGUUCAAAUCAAUCGCAAUCUGCACCAAAUGCUCCCCGUAAUCGACGUUCAAUUUUCAACGGACUCUCAGUCCGCCCAAAGCCGGCACAAGAAAGCAAGAGAAAUUCUUAAUCAUUUGCGCUUGCAACUUGGAGACGGCAUCUAUUUUCUUUGUAUUUUAGCGCUACAAAUUACACCGCUUUCUGCGUUGCAACCUGAAACGUUCUAUGAUACGCUGUCAGGAUGGCUGAACGAACACCACAUUCCCUCCGCCUUCACAGAAAUGGCUCGGGCACGAGUGCACAACUUUCUCCAAAAGCAGACAGAUUCAGUACAAGGAGAACAAAAUUAUCGAAAGCGCCAGUCGUCAUCGCUGCAUCCAGAAGAGACUACCUUUAAAAGAAGAAAGGGAUGUUCUAAGGAAGUUGCCGCCAAUCUCGAAACAAUGCCAAAUGUUUUGACCGGCAAUACUAUGCAAUCUGUGGGCAGUACACACUGCACAUCUGGACCAACGAGGCAAGCAAUGAGGCAAUACGACUGGUGUUGACGGUUGGUUGGUGAUGUUG